GGGGCAGUAGAGCUUCUGAGGAGUGAUAUGCCGAAAGGAAGAACUACAACACAAAGAAGAAGAAAAACAACUUCCGCAUUGUCAUAGUUUAUGCAUCUCAGCCUGGCUGGCAAAACUAAGUUGUGGUGACACAAAAUGGCUAAAUUAAAGGACAAAAGACGAGAGAAAAUCAGUGUCGCCACCGAGAUUGACCGUUUGGAGGAGAGACGGGAGCGUUGCCAAAAUAACCUGGAGAGGGCAGAUUUCAGGAGAAGAAAAGAGAAGCUCUCUGACAAGGAAAGACAGGAACUCGAAGACGAAAUUUCAAUAAUCAAUGAGAGGGUGCAAAAGUUAGACAAGGAACUGCAGACGUUAAGAGGAGAGAAUCGGAAGAACAUGCUGCUAUCUGUCGCUCUCCUGGUUGUCAGCGCCAUCUUCUACUAUAUCUUUUUUUACAGUGAAGAGGACUCGUGACACCACCUGAUGUCUUACAGGGAUCUCCCGUAAUGCUCUUAAAAGAAACCACCUCAAGAUAAUGUUGUCUUUAGAUAAAAAAAUACGAGGACUGUGGGGUUUUAAUUCAAUGGGAAAGCGAUAUGAGCUGUGCUUAUGAAAUAUCUAAAUUCUGCCUCUAGAGGGCGUCCUUGUUAUUUUUUUUGAAGUCCUCUGGUCAUCAUGUUAGGUUAAUCCUGCACAUCCAGAACACCACCACAGCUUUUAAAGCAUGUUUAAACCUUAAAUUGUGGCCUUUUAAAAAAUCUCUGUCAGCAUAUCUACAAAUAUAUUCCUCUGUACUCUGUUAAAGGUUCUUUUUUCCUCACUUUCAGAAGCUUUUUGCAAGCCUGUGUAUCAUUUUGUAAGUACAGUCUUUGAUGUGAACAGACUAAGAUUUUAGAUUGUGCGUCAGGGUGUGUGACUUCCUUGUUGGUCAUCCCCUGAUAAUCCCAAUCCACAAACUGGUCUGGAUGUCUGUAUACUACAUGUGGCACAGGGUGGUAUCACCUGCUACUCAGUAGAUUGUGUAACACAUAAGAGAUUGUAUCAAGACAAAGUGAGUGAGCAUCUUUUGUCUUUUCACCAACAUGUACACAGUCACAGUUUUUAUUUUCAUUGAAAUAACUGAUUAAAUAUAGUUUGAGUUUACUUUAUGACAUGCAUAUUGAAGAGAUGCUUCAUCAAAUGGUGCCUAAUUAGGUCUGAUUUUGUGUUUUUAGUCUGAAUGGUUCUGGCCUUUCAAUUUUCCAGUGAAAGCUAAGAAGAUGCCAGAUGUGUUCAUAAAUGUGUUUUUUUAAUACAAAUGUGAAAAAUAAGUGUAUGAGAAUUGGGUUUAACUGUAUAUAUAUAUAUAUAUAUUAAAUUCUUUAUAUAA